AGUUUAGCGGUGGAGACGGUGGGGUCUGCGCAGGGUGGAGCAGAGGAGUCAACAGCUGCAGGCUCUAAACCAGCUCCUCCCCCUGACGGCCAGGAGACUGCACAGCUGCCCGACGUGAAGCCCGGCACGGAACCCAGUGAGGACCCCACGGCCCAGGAGGAUCCUAAGAAGCCUGAUGAGGUGCAGGGGCCACCGCGGGAAACUGAGGGCCCCAGAGGUUCCAGCACAGCAGGAGGGGACCUGGAGGAGGUGAGCUGCUCCAGCAGUGAUGAUGAUGUGGAGGGUCUCAGGAAGCGCGUGGGCCGGGGGGCUCCUCCGCCCAUCAGUGUGGGCCCCACUAUCAGAGAGGCCGUACAGCAGGACGCAGACGCUGGAUCCUCCUUUAACAUCAGUACAUUGGUCAUCGCAGCCAUCGGCCUCAUCUGCAUCAGCAUCCUGGUCUUCUCAGGCGGCAGCUUCAACUCUGAGGAUCCUACUCAGGCUGUAAUGUCCCGCAGUGUGAAGGGGGACGAUCCGCAGCCGCCACAAGUCAUCACCGACCUCCAGGACUGGAUUAGGCAGCACGCAGAGCAGUUCUCGGGGGACCCCAACAGCCUGCAGACUAUGAGCCAACUCCUAGACAAGGUUGCCAAGGAAAACCAGGAGAUCCGGCACAUGGAGGCCAAACUUCAGGUGCAGAGGGAAGAGUUAGAAGCUAUACUCUCCAUCAAUGAUGGGGAGAAGGUCACUGCAGCGCCCCAACAUCCAGGACUGACUGAAGAGAACAUCCGACUGAAGGAGGCCCUCCUAAAAGAAGAGACCGCUCACCUGACUGCACAGGAGGAGCUGCAGAAUCUACAGGAGAAGAUGGAUGUCCUUCAGGGCAGCCAUGUGGAGAAGGAAGCUCUGAUAGUGGAGAACACCCAGCUGAAAGUGGAUCUGGAGGCCUUCAGGAGGCAGAUCGAGGGCUUCUUAUCUCAGAAGGAGACCCUGGUGGCCGAGUCCCAAAUGCUGCGUCAGGAACUGGACAAACAACGCUUGUUAGUAACAUCCAUCAGACAAGAUCUAGAAAAUCUUGUGACCAAAACCUCGGAAGGUGAUGACGAGAAGUUACUCCAGGAGAGGCUCUCGGAGAUGAGUAGCAGGUUGGCCAUGGAGGCUCAGAGGUCUGAAACGUGGGAGAAGACGUACGUGGAACACGCUGAGAGAAGGAAGGAGCAGGUGGGAGAACUAAGGAGGGACCACAGCCAGAAGGAGUGGAAGAAGGGUGACAUGUAUAGCAAGACAUCAGAGACCUCCGCGGGGGGAGAAUCCAGAAAAACACGUUACAGGCACGGCAAACGGUGGACUGAAGAUAAUCCACGGGAGUCACAGCAUGAGGAAUGGAGGAGCAAGAAACACGAGCAUUGGAAGGACAAGAAGCAUCAGCACUGGGAGGGGGAGAACCCUGACGGAAGAGAGACGUGGAAGAACAAGGCUAGAGAACACAGGAGAAAAGACUCUGCACACCACCACCAUGACAGUCCAGAGAGGCAUCACCAGGGAGAGGCAGGAGAUGGAUUCCACCCCCGGAAGGGACAGAAGGAAUUUACAGAUCGGCACAAGAGACAAGAAGACGGCAAGAAAGGCAGAGAACAUCGGCACCAUGACCACAACAAGUUCUGGAAGAAGCUUUCAGACCACCAGUAUCGGGUCCCUGUCGGAUGCUCCGACCUGGAGGACUGCGCCAGGAAGGACGGCAUGGACCUGUUCAAUGUGGAGCUGAAGCCGGUGCAGAGGGUGCAGUUUGAGGAGGUCCUUCGGAACUACCUUACCAAGACCCAGCUGUCAAAGCACCUCCCUGAGCUCAUGCCUCUACUUGAUGGUUUCUUCACGGGGCCGCUCUUCUCUCACCACAAGAUCCGCUUUAAGGACUUUUUGGAUGAUGUGGAGGACUUCCUGGAGGAUCUGGCCAGGAAAGAGACUGGAAACGACGACAUUGUGGAUGACUUUGAGAGAUUCGUCUACACCAGCUUCUUCGGAGAAGCUGCCACCAAGAAAAGAUACAUAAAGCAGGAUAAGCAGCAGAAACCCCACAAACACAACAAGCCCUUAGGAAAACUGGGGAAGAUACAUGACAAGGGCAUCAACCAAUCAGAUGACAGACACUCCUUAGACAACAUCCCUGGCAUCGACCACCACGUAGACUGCUUUGACUUUAAAUCUAUGAAGAAGCACAAGACCCAUAUAAAGAUCCGCUAUAAAGAAGAAUCUGACCACAAACACAAUCCAAAAAGCCAAAAUGAUGAGAAUGGCUGCCAUUCUGAAAAGAAGUGCAAAUACCCUCACUCCAAACCUAGUGAAGAAGCUGGAGGACACCACCACAAUGGCCUUCGCGCGCACAAACAAUAUCAGGAAUACCAAGGCAAGCACAACUACAACCCCAAAAAUCCUGGACAUCAAAAUACAUACAAAAAGCAGCAGUCUCCCAAAGAUGGGUUUGGAAAAGAUUUGGGCAACUAUAAACACAAGAAGUCAGAUAAAUAUAAGGAAGAUGUAGAACAUAAACAUUACUCUGACAAACAUGAGAAAGACACCAACAAUAAGCAUUAUCAGUCAUCUCAGAGACAUGAGAGCCACCUUGACAGGUCACCUGAUCAUAAACCACCUCGAGAUGGUGACCAUAGACAUAGACAGCCUGACCACCAUGGGAAGGACGACAGGGGCAAAUGUAGAGACCAUCACCGCAAACAUGGAGAACCUGAGGACCGUCCCAGGAACUAUCACCAAAAGUAUGAACAAGGUAAAGAUAGGGACUACCACAAACAUGGAGAUGACAGGGAUGGGGACUACCACCAAAAGAACAACAAAGCCCAGAGUAAACAUGACAGAGAUGGGGACUAUGACAACAAGUAUGACAAAGGACACUACAAACAUCAACAUGACAGGGAUGGGGAGUACCACCAAAAGUAUAACAAAGACUACCAUAAACAUGGCUACCACAAGAAAGACAAAGAUCACCAUAAACAUGACAGGGAUGGGGAGUACCACCACAAACAUGACAGGGAUGGGGACAACCACCAAAAGUACAACAAAGACCACCACAAACAUGACAGGGAUGGAGAGUACCACCAAAAGUACGACAAAGACCACCACAAACAUGACAGGGAUGGAGAGCACCACCACAAGAAAGACAAAGACCACCACAAACAUGACAGGGAUGGAGAGUACCACCACAAGAAUGACAAAGACCACCACAAACAUGACAGGGAUGGAGAGUACCACCACAAGAAUGACAAAGACCACCACAAACAUGACAGGGAUGGAGAGUACCACCAAAAGUACGACAAAGACCACCACAAACAUGACAGGGAUGGAGAGCACCACCACAAGAAAGACAAAGACCACCACAAACAUGACAGGGAUGGAGAGUACCACCACAAGAAUGACAAAGACCACCACAAACAUGACAGGGAUGGAGAGUACCACCACAAGAAUGACAAAGACCACCACAAACAUGACAGGGAUGGAGAGUACCACCAAAAGUACGACAAAGACCACCACAAACAUGACAGGGAUGGAGAGCACCACCACAAACAUCAACAUGAUGGGGAGUACCACCACAAGAAAGACCAAGACCACCACAAACAUGGAGAUGACAGGGAUGGAGACUACCAGAGGUAUGAAGAUGGUAAGGAUGAACAUACCUACUACAAACCUGAUGAGGAGAGAAGAUAA